CAGAGACUCCGCUUUUUAAUGUAGUACGUAUGUGACAGACCAGGUUAUUCUUGCGUAUUAAGAUAUUGAUACUCAUAUACACCAGUAAACACUGGCAGCCUGAUAGGUGGCAACAUAUACAAUGCCCAGCUCCAAAUCAGACGAGAACUCUUUAACCAAAGAGCCCAUAUCGACAGCUUCUUGUCAAAGGGCAAGGAGUUUCAAUAAGUGCGCGUCCGUCGGUGAACCCUUGGCCCGGAGGUCUCUUAGAAGAGCCAAGGCUGCCGGAACGAAGUCCGCCCCCAAUUUACAAUUCUCCGGACAACUGCAAGAACUCCAACGGAAUGCAAUAGCGGGACUGAUCGUAUCUAAAACACAAGGGGUAGUUCGUUAUCCUGGUAUUAAACGCGCAAUCGUUUCAGCGCCUACAUCGUUUGAUUUCGUGCGCGAUUCUGCAGUGCUCUCUGAGCGUGAUAGCUCAGGAUUGGAUCAUGGUAUUUCUACAAAUUCAAAUCAUAUAUCCUUGCAGGAGAUACCCAAUACAACUGGUGUGGUGACGAAUGGGCAGAGUGAUGAUGCGACACCGAGCCAGUCGUCUUUAGCCUCCAACAGCACGGGUCAGUGUAACUCGUCAGGUUCACAUACGACAGUUUCGGGUCCAAAUUUUGGGUACGGUGCUCAGGGUGCGUAUACGCUAUGCACUGCCGAAGCUAAGAAUGACUUAGAAUGCGGACAAUACAAUGGAUUUUCAGAUGAGGAUCUGUACGACGAAGAAGAUGACCAUGUUUGUGGUGACGAUCCUGAGGGGUGCGACUGUAGUUUAGAUCUCGAAGAUGCUUUAGUGACGAUAAUGACCGAGAACUGUUCUUUGCCCGAAUCUUGAAGUGUCUAGGAAAUUAAUUGUAUCGGGUGUGUGAUGUGGAGUUUGCCACUAUCAAUCCGCUUAAACUUUAUAGCAUGGGCUUGUACUCCUUUGAAAUAGUCGACAUUGAAUGAACGAAUUGCGGUCGACUGAGAUCUCGGCGUGACACUUAAGCUCACUAACACACAUUCUAGUAGUCGCCGUUGAGAAUCCUAAGAGUAACCGAGAGAGAACGAACGGGAAUAAGUGACAGAUUCACGAUGCAGGUAAAUGUCGAGCCUAUUUGGGGGUCAAUUUAGUGGCAUAUCAAAAUUCCCAACGGAACGUUUCGUGACUUACCUAGAACAUAUACCUGCUAUUUGAAAAUUCCUGAUUGAUAAAAAAAAAUAAUGCCGCCUGUUUAAUAUGGACGGCAGAAGAAUGUGAAGAGAUAUGUAUGGACAUCGCAAUAAAAAACAAAUGAAGGUUUUGUGCAACAUAAACAAUGUACGAAGCAUCAACUUGAACUUGCA